CUUUUUUUUUUUUUUUCAAUAUGGCUUAGGAUCUCCACUACAUACGGCGUGUUUGCUGCAAUCCCAUUUCUCACUCUUCCAAUCCAGAUCGCGGUACCUUCCCUUCCUCGCGCUUCUGUUGCAGUUGUAGUUGUAGUGGUGGUGGACAAAGAACAAAGCUUGUUUGGCAAUACAGUAAAGCUUGAGGAUGCAGAAUUAGAAGAUCGAUAUGAGAACAGGAUGUUGAUAGGCAGUGAUUGUGAACUAAGUUUGGCUCUAGGACACGAUGAUUCGUCGCGAAAGGCUCUAUCAGAAAUCAUGCUCAAGCAAGAGGAGAUCUUCAGAAAGCAGGUCCUUGAACUCCAUCAAUUGUAUCAAACUCAGAAGAUACUGAUGAAGGAGGUGGAAAUGAAAGUGGACUGUGGUGAAAAUUCACAUGCAUUUUCCGGUCCUUUCUCAAACCACUUGAAAUGUGAAUACACAGUGGCAGAGAAGAAAUUGGGUGAAGACUGGAGGACAUCUAUGUCUAACCAGCUAAGACCGCUGGAUCUUCAACUUUCUGCCCGUCACUCCACUAAUAAGGUUGAAGAGCUUUCCCCCCGAUUCCGAAACUAUGGUUGUGUAGCUUCCAGAAUUUCUUCCACACUGAAGUAUGAAGUCUGUGUUGAUAAAGUUUCAUAUAUGGAGGGCCUUGCGCUCUCGCUGGGAGCACAUUCACAUUCACUUACUAAUCAAAAUCGAAGCAGCAAGGAUGAUAGUGUUUGCCCUCAGUCCCGACCUGCUACUGGAUAUGCUGUUCAUGCCAUGGCUGCUAGUGGAAAAUGUGAUGCUUCUGGAAAGAUUUUUGAAUCCUCUCUUGUGACUAAUGGAGGACAGAAACUUGAGGAAAACAAUGGUGGCAUUGGUUGCCAAAAUGAAAAUACAUCAGUGAAGAGAAAUCUAUUUGCUUCCUGUGAGUUUGAACAGCUGGACCUCAACAAGCCCAUUUCUGAAGAAUCAUCUGAUCACUGGGGGGUGCCCCUUCUCAAUUCAUCAAAGGUUAGCUCCAUGGAUACGCUGCAUGAUGCUGGCAGCUUGCACGGCGAAAGCACAUGUUUGAAUGAUCAUGACUCGAACAAACCAGCAAAUGAUAGUUUGAAUGAGCUUUCAAGGUUGGACCAGAAAGAUGCAGCAAAUUCAAUGUUGACAAUCACUUUUCCAGACAAAUGUAGGUGUGAAGGCAAAGAGAAAGACGCUCCUGGAAGUGCAUUGGCCACCAAAGAUGUUGGCUCUAUUUGUAGAUCUCCUUUGGAGAGUGCAGACUAUGUCAGGUUUCCAGGGAAAUUCAAGCACAAAACUGUAGGAUGUAAAGAAGGCAAAACCUUCCAGAAGAGAUUCACCUCUGAAAUAGAAAUACAUGAUAGCAGGGAUAAGGAAGACAAGCUACAUCUGAGUAACUCAAGUCAGGAACUGGUUGAAGCCACAGAUAGCAGCAAUAAAUCUCCUGUCUCAUGCAAAUCUUGUAUCGUGGAUGAUGAGUCAAGCAGCAGUAAGACAGGGCGGUGUGGAACUGAUAUGCUGUAUUCAGACCAUUCUCUAGUACAGCAGAAUGUUGAGCCGACUGUAGGAGUGAAAGAUGGAGCUUGCGGACAAGAGAAACUGGACGUGAUGAUGGUUAGACAGGGGGCUCUGUCCCUAAUAUGUCUUUCCACCAAAAGCAAAGAGCAAGCUCCCGUGUGCACUGGCAUUUUUAAGGAAGUUGAGAAGGAGGUGGUGCAAAGUUCGUCUGAAUCAUACGAAUCGCUUGUUUUAAAGCAACAGGAUUGCAGCGGAGGCGAGUAUUGUGUGUCAUCGACUGCAUUAGAAGCAACAAGCUGGAAUGAGGAGGAGAAGGAGGAGUGCGGAGUGAAGGUGAGGCGCGGGAGGAGAAUGAAAGACUUCCGGAAGGAGGUUCUACCUUGCUUGUCGUCCCUGUCCAGACAGGAGAUAAAUGAAGAUAUAAAAAUCUUGGAACUUGCCUGGCGAUCUAGGCUUAGAGAAAGAGAAGGCAAUAAGUUCAAAUCAAAGAAUAACAAUAACAAAGGCAGAGGAGGAGGAUGCUUUUCGGCUGUGCCUGUGAGAAGUAGGAAGUCGACGUUGAGGCAAGUACACAGAAGCAGAAGAAGAAGGAGAUGCUACUCUUGAAGGGUUGAUUUCUUUUGUUUGUUUGUUAUAGAUGAGGGAGGAGGAAUGAAUCAAUCCAAGGAUUGAUUUUAGAAAUUUUCAUGGACAUUUGUUUGUUGAGUAUUAGUAUUUAUUAUGGACGAUUGCGAAAGAGAGGGGCUGGGUGGGUAAGAAAGCUUCCUAGUUCCUCGCUCCUCCUCCUCCUCCAUAUAUCAUCAUCACCUGAAAGCCAUAACAUACUACUACUCCACAUUGCUGAGACUGGGAGUAUUAGUUAAUUACUACUCCCUAUUCUCAUCUCAAUUCUCAGGUAAUCAAUCAAUUAAUUAAUCUAGCUAGCUAGCCGGAAGGAUACAUUCAAAUCAGCUGAGCUGACUCCUCUCCUCACUGAUUACGUCUUUGUUUCUAACCUUGCCUUUUUCUUUCUUUCUUUCUUUCUUUCUUUCUUUCAAGUAGUAAAUACCAAGUUGCUGCAUUUCAUUCUGCUGUUUGUUUCUCAGAGAGAGAGAGAGAGAGAGAGAGAGAGAGAGAUGUUUCUACCUGUCUCCCUCCUCCUCCUCCUCCUUUCUUCUUCUUCUUCUUGAAUUCGCCUUGUUAUUAUUUUCACGCAUAUAGGCUGGCUAUUAUCAAGCCAACCAAGUUUGAAAUCAGUCCCGCAU